GAUAUUUGUUGUUACUGGAAGGCGAGCGAGGCGAGAGCGUGAAAGAAGAAGGGCCUGGCUGCGACGCUCGCUUUCAACGAACACACACACGGAGCUUUCCGGUCCCGGGAGUCGCGGAGGAGCGAUCAGCGACGAUGUCGGUGAACAUGGACGAGCUGAGGCACCAAGUGAUGAUUAACCAGUUUGUUUUGACCGCGGGCUGCGCGGCGGAUCAGGCGAAGCAGCUUCUGCAGGCGGCGCACUGGCAGUUCGAGACGGCUCUGAGCUCCUUUUUCCAGGAGGCCAACAUCCCCAGUCACCACCAGAUGAUGUGCACUCCACGCAACACCCCCGCCACGCCGCCCAACUUCCCCGACGCCAUCACCAUGUUCUCCAAGCUGCGGACGUCCGAAUGCGCGGGCGGCAGCGGAGCCGGCGCUUCGGCCCAGGUGUCCAUGGCCUGUUCUCCUCCUCCCCACUCCUCGGCGCAGGGAUUCGGCUCUUUCUGGGCCUCCUCGCCCCCCAACCACCAGCCGGCGUGGCUGCCGCCGUCCUCUCCCACGGGCCACCACGUCCUCCAUCACCACCACCAUCACAUGCACCAGCCGCCCACGUGGCCCCCCGUCUCUCAGCCCGCCAACGGCCAGCAGACGCCCGUCAUUUCAGCCCUGCACGGCCAGAGAUGAGACUCUGCUCCGGGUGGGGUGUGAUUCGGAGGGAGGGGGUGGGGUGGGAUACGCGUUUUAACGGGGCGGGAGUAUACUCACGGAGACUUUGGAUGGCCAAGGGGGAAAGACGCGGUACUCUUUCUUUCAGUUUUCUAAAGACGAACAAUCUCUCUUCUUUUCGGAGAUCUCGUUUUGAUCUACCCGUCGAUUUCAUUUCUCUCCGAACCUGGGACGAACCACUAUGAGGAAAAAUUCUGGACGUUAUUAAGAGGACGUUAGAGUCCCAAAGAAGCCUCUCUCUUUUGUUUUUUUCGCUAUCCAACGGCGAAAGAAAGCCACGGAGUUGUCGGCAGCGGACGGUCUGGACGAACGUGCGACUCUCCGUUCGCUCGCCGUAUUCGGACUCUCUCCUCCUCCGUAGCGCUGUGUCGGCAACAAGCACUCGCAAUAAAACGGCUGACGAACAGUGAGACUGAAUCACAUAUCACGGCGAUCGCGCCGUUCUGCAUCCCAGGAAGCAUCAGGAGGACGUUUCUGUGCGACUAGCGUCUACCGAGUCCUUAACAGAGGCUGUCGCGAGACGAUCAGCCACCUUUUGUUUGUUCGAAAUGCGCGGUGCGUCGGGUUGAAUUGAAUUCCGAAUCGACAAAAACCAUUGGUCCAGAUGUAAAUGGAAUGCAAUAAUCCUGGUUAGAGCUUAUUCGUGUUCGGCUAAUUCGCAACCGCGGUUAAAUCAGGAAAGCUUGCGUUUAAACUAAAAGCGUCGUGGAGGAAUACGGGAAAAAGUUUGUUUUGUAUUCGUUUCAUUUUUUUUUCCAACCCCAAGAACUAAAAAUGCUAGAGCCGAGCGCCCAGCACCGCCGGUGUAGUAAAGCUCAGCUCCACCUACCUCAGCCCCAGCCGUGGCCUGAUCCUACCUCCGGCGGCUGAAUGGGCUCUCUGUGUGAGCUGCUGCGACCGAAGGCUCAAAUACCUCACGCUCUCUGCCCAGCGCGCUGUGUGAAAGCGGCGAGACGUCUCGGCGGACGAGGGCCGAUCGGGCGUCACACGGUGGCGUCUGUGGCGCACUGAUCUUGAUGCAAUCGAGCGGGAAGGCCGACCCCAGAUCAGAGACCUAGACCCCAGAUUUUCUGAGAUGACGCGUUUCUUUAGUUUCGCAUGACGUCUCCUUCCCUACAUUCGUUCAUCUUAGACAAUCACUUUUGCCGUCUCGCGGGUUGAAUUCUUGGUUUAGCGUGAACCUCGGUCAGGCCGGACGCCAUAUUUAUUGUGAGGCGACUGUAAACGAGGCUGCGAGGGGAUAAACAUACUUUUUUUGUUACGUUGGUUGUUUAGUUGAUCAGACAUGCUCCGAAAACGUAUUGUUUUUUUGGUAUUCAUUUUGAAUUUUCAAGUUGUAAUUUCGUAAAAAACGAUUUUUUUGAAUUUCAGCGUUAAUUUGAUGGGGCGAUUUAUGCAAGAACAAAUAGUAAAUCAUGAAUUGAAGACAGAUUAUUUUGUCAUUGAGGACAAUUAAAUGGUUAGGGGCGGUCAUUCAUACUAAUGUAAAAAUCUGUAUAAAAAAAAUAUAUAUAAUUUUAUUUUUUUUACAAAACCUAUGACGUGAGGAAUUUUACGAAGUAGCCACCUAGUGAAAUAUAUACUAAUUGGCAUGAGAUCGUCUUGGUUAAAUUUUACCGACAAGCCUAAAUGCAAAGAAAACAAUUGUUAACUAUUUGCUAUUUAAACUUCAUUUUACGAACUAUUUCCCAAAUUCAUCCUGUUUGCGUUUGUUUCUCAGGUCAUGAUUUAAACGUGACUAUUUGCAAAUGUUAAAUGGAGAAUUCUGUUCAAUUUAAGUGCAAAUGUCUACAAAACCGUUCGUUUUUCGUAAACUUCAACAGAAGCAGGACGAAUUUGUGCGCGCAACCCAUUUUGUUAAAUUAUACCAUUGCUAAAAAAAUAAAAUUAAGUUAUCGAAUCAUGAGUUCAUUUACAAACUUUUUGUACGCUUUAAGCGGCUAAAGAAUGAAUCUGCGAAAGUUAAAUUUAACUUAUUUUUUUUAUUUGUGACAAACUACAUGCGUUUGUUCUGCUCGCCGAUUACGAAACGCCAGUCGCCGAAUAAACUCGCAGCUUCCUUCAGUACCAACCUAAAUAUGGCGUCUAAUUCUAACUCUGGUCCAUUUUAAACGUUAGCCAUUUUGAUUUAAUCAUAGAUGAUAGAUCAGCAUCUGUGUUUUGGCCCAGAAAAUGCAUGCGAAAUGCGAAAAAAGUACUCUUGGUUUUUUGGAAAACGCCACUAGAACGAUAAUGGCAGAUAAUUGUUUGGUCUUCCGCCACAUCUGGUGGCUGUUGUUUGCUGUGUAGAAAGAAACCUAGCAUGUUGGUCUCCAAAGGUUGACAAUAAGUGUUUCGUAGCCAUCUGGGCAGAAGGUCAUUCCUGCUAAGACGAUUUCUGUUGAAGUGGCGCAAGAGAUGCGAGUCUGAAGUCAAACGGCGGUGGCUCUGAUGUCAGUGUCUGGAGUUUGUCUGACCAGUGCCUUGAGGUUUCUGAAGCGUCUCCAUUUUAUUCAGCUGUCGCUCGGUUGGAUUCCCAUAGCAACAGGGCCAAUACUCUCAAAUGUCAUUCUCGGGAGCGCUGAAAGGCACAAGCAUUGAUUGUUUGAACAGUUGCGCUGCCGUAGAUCUCAGAUCGCCGUGAUUCAGUUCUUCGGGGACGUUUGUUUAGACUGCGGCUGAGAUGAUCAACAUUCGCCGCGAGUCAUCGAGAGGCAGGAAAACUGACCGGUUCCUUCAUCGAGAAAACUAAUUCGUUAGCGAACAACCUUUUGUAUCGAUUUCCCUCCUGUACUGUUUGUUCUUUUCCCUUGUUGAGAUUUGUAUUUAUAUGUCUGACAAAAAAAAGCUAAGAUCUGAAACCAUUUUGGAGGUCAUUGUGUUUUUAUUAAGGUCAUAAUAAAUGAUUUAAUGACUA